GAGGGAGACGCGUAAAAGCACUAUGCAGCCGCACCGAAGGCAAACUCAGAGCUGUUUUUUGAGGUACUUUUUAAGGAAGACUUUUUCAUGGUGAAUUCACAAUUUUGUAUGGAUUUUUGAUAUUGCCUUAACGCGUCAGCCAAACUUGAAAACAACUUCACACCUUGCGUCCCUGCUGAACUCCAGGACUGCAUUUGAGUUCUAAUGUUUAUUAAACAACUUCGUGAUAAGUCUGGGGAUUAAAAAGCAACAAAUCGCAUAUCAAGACACUGAAGUGUGACAUAUAGAAACCUCGGAGCCUGGGCUGGUGUUGGGUGAGGUGCGGUUGGAGAGCUGCGAGCUGAGCGCUCUGAUGCGGUGGAGGUGUGCUCAAACCCGCAGGCUACACGUCUGUCCGUCUUUAACUCUCCUGUUUUCAUCCAUAUAUUUCAGAUGCUUUUGAUGGCUGCACGUCCACCCUUGGUAACGUUCAGCUGUACCUUUACGCACUCUCGCCGUGCGUUCACAGUCAUCCGGGACUAGAGCCGCGCGAUCCUGUCUGACCGAAUAACGGGUCUCUUUUUGUGUCGGGACAGUUGAAUGGAUUUUCAGGUACAUUUUACUGAAACUGUGGAAUUAGAACUAUACGGUUUUCAAAUAGCUGUUCGGGACAAUUUGGCUUGUGUUCAUAAAUGCUCUUCACUGAGAUUUUUGCCCAGGAAAUGCGUCUGCCUGGCCAUAUUUAAAUCCCAUUGGUGAAUAUUUUCCUGAAUAUUCUUUUUUAAAUUUGAGAUUUGAAGACGUCAGAGGAGAAGAUGAACCUGUGUAUCGUCAGUCUUCUUCUCACUUUGGAUUUAGCCACCGUGGCGCUCAGUUUGUCCACAUGCAGCACGCUGGACAUGGAUCAGUUCAAGAAGAAGCGCAUUGAGGCCAUCCGAGGGCAGAUACUGAGCAAGCUGAAGCUCACCAGUCCACCGGAGGACUUCCCCGAGCCUGAAGAGGUGUCUCGGGACAUUGUCGCCAUUUAUAACAGCACCCGUGACCUGCUGCAGGAGAAGGCGAACGAACGGGCGGCGACAUGCGAGCGUCAGCGGAGCGAGGAGGAGUAUUACGCGAAGGAGGUGCAUAAGAUCGACAUGCAGCCCUUCUACCCAUCAGAGAAUGUAAUCUCUCCUACACACUUCAACCCUUACUUCAGGCGGCUGACGUUCGAUGUGUCUUCCAUGGAAAAGAAUGCCUCCAACCUGGUGAAGGCUGAGCUCAGGAUCUUCCGUCUUCAAAACCAUGGGGCCCGAGUGUCUGAGCAGCGCAUCGAACUCUACCAGAUUUUAGGACACAAAGACCUGACGUCCCCAACACAGCGAUAUAUAGACAGCAAGGUGGUGCGAACACAAACAGAGGGAGAGUGGCUAUCUUUUGAUGUGACAGAGGCAGUGAGUGAAUGGCUGAACCACAGAGACAGAAACAGUGGAUUCAAGAUCAGCCUGCACUGCCCGUGCUGCACGUUUGUACCAUCAAAUAACUACAUUAUUCCCAACAAGAGUGAGGAGCUGGAGGCACGGUUUGCAGGUAUUGAUGACAGCUUCGUCCAUGGCGUUGACCUGAAGGUGCCUAAGCACAGCACUCGGGCUCCACACCUUCUGCUCAUGCUGCUGCCUUCAUACCGGCUGGAGUCUCAGUCCCAGCACACAAACCAUCGAUCCAAGAGAGCCCUGGAUGCUGCCUACUGCUCCAGAAACGUUCAGGACAACUGCUGCUUACGGUCUCUCUACAUAGAUUUUAAGAAGGACCUAGGCUGGAGGUGGAUCCACGAGCCAAAGGGCUAUGAGGCCAACUUCUGUGCUGGGGCCUGUCCAUAUCUGUGGAGCGCCGACACCCAGCAUUCCAAGGUGUUAGGCCUUUAUAACACCAUCAACCCUGAAGCCUCGGCUUCGCCCUGCUGCGUCUCCCAGGACUUGGAGCCCCUCACCAUCCUCUACUACAUCGGCAAGACCCCCAAAAUAGAGCAGCUCUCCAACAUGAAGGUCAAGUCCUGCAAGUGCAGCUAAAAGACCUUACAAGCCUGCACAUACACACUCUCUCUCCUUCCUUCACACACACACACACACACACAAACACAGUGGAUUUGGGCAUACACAGUCACACGCAACUGUACUUUCUCUUACAUUACUAUUAUACUUCCACACAGGCACAGUCAGGAGUGGUGUGCUGGAGAAUGGAGGUACAGACCAACUCAAUACAUACACACCAUACAGGAGCAGUGUUGUCAUGAUACCAGAAACUUGACUUUGAUACCAAUGCUGUACUAUAACUACAAUGUUGCAUUGCAGUAUUUGGUUGACAUGAUUGGUAAAGAAUAACAUUUAUUUUUACGCUAGAAAUUAUGACGUUGCUUGCAAAUAACAGGCACUACCUCUGUUGGCUAUCCAAUGUCAACUUACCUUUUAUACCUAGUAAUCCUGUUCAUGAUGAAGAAACUGGUUAAUGUGAUGAAUCCAGUGAAGUGCCUUAAGAUGCAGUAUCACUGAUGCUAACUAAAUAUUGUUUUUUUCAAUGAUAUGACUGUGUUGAAUGUAUGUUGAAAAGUAGAUUCCAACUGAUGAAUCUGGCAGUAUUAGUUCAAGGCUUACUUAACAAAGAAACAGCAGAAUAGAUGUCCAACAUGUUUAAGUUAAUUUAGAAACAGUUCUUUCAUUAUAUGUUUACAUGCAAAUGUCUCAAUUAAUUCAUAUCUGGGUCACAAUUUCUUUAACGACCACAUUUUUUUAUAUAAUCUUUAAGAUUUCAGUGCUAGUUGCUUUAGCGACACCCUCGGUUAUUAAUGUUCCCGGCCAAUUUCUAUUGCAACAUUUCCACUUCCCAGAGGUGACUUUGAAUUCAAAUGUCAGCUGGCAGAACACAUUUCAUAAAAAUAUUGAAUGUUUGUAAAAAUAUCUUUAGCAGUAGUAUCAAAGUCAUGCCCAAAUGUAUUGUGACCCCACUGCACAGGACACAUAUAUACUACACGUACAUACAUAUAUUGUUACAUAUAUACAUACAGACAUGCAUACAGUGACAUAAGUUUGGUUAUGUCCCUUUUUGCAUUUUGAAGACCGUGUCAACAUGCAUCACCUCACACGAUUGUCACACCGAGACACACGAGUAAGGCAAACACUGGAAAUAUAAGUGAUCUAUAUGUGAAAUAAGUCCUGAAAAUAACGCAGCCCCACCCCUGACACCUCCCCACCCCUUCACCCCCUUCUUCCCCCCACCUCACCCCUCCACAGUUUCCACAGUCACACCACACCAUGUCCUCGUCACCAUGUGUUUGUCUUUGGUUGGUAUCCUUAGUAGUUUUCUAAUUCUUGUCAUUGUUUUGCUAUUUAAGAUGUUCAUGGUUAUGGUUUAGCACCCUGCAAAUAUAGACCCAGGCAGAGAAUUGGAUAGUAUCAACCUCACACAGAUGAUAAACAUAUGUAUGUAUAAUAUCUCAUUCAUUUUGUAAUUUAUAGACGUUUGAAAAUGGUUUAUUUUAAUAAAUGAGCCACCAUAAGAGAAACAAACUUUACAUGGGAGCUCCUUAAAGGAUAAAUCCGGUUUAUUAUAACAAUGGUCUUAUUUUUGUAGUCAUUUCUAUGUAAUAUUAGAAAGCAAUGAAACUGGAAUUUCUGUGUUUGUUGCAGAGUUAGAAAAACAUCAUUCAGAAUCAAGUGAAGUGAAGUCCAUUAUAUUUAUAAAGCCCAAAUAUCAUAAAUCAAAAAAUGUGCUUUACACACGAAACCCUCUGUUCUUAGACCCUCACUUCGGAUAAAGGUAGAGAUGACAUUAGAAGAGAGCGGGGAUGGAUAAUGGCGUGUGUCUACAUAGUGUUUACAACAAUCUUUUGACAACAUAUGACCACACUAACCGCCGUUGUAUGAUAGACUAACAUUGCUCCCUUGCCUCUUAUUAUCUAUUCGUGCUGCGAUCUAUUUGUUUGACAUUGUUUUUCACAAUGCACCAACUUUGUAUGAAUUAGCUUGUCGGCGCUCAAUCUGACAGCUGUAGCACAAGGAGAGCAAGACACUAGAGGCGCCGGAGACACCGGAGACGGCCAAGUCAAUGCCUCUACUUGAGCUUCAUACGCUCUCCUCUCACUGGGACCAAUUGAAAAAGACGCCAUGUGGACACACGCCUUAAGGGACCAACCAACAGUUACAAUUCCAUAGUAAAAUUUCUCUCUCGAAAGCUAACUAAUAAAUAAUUGUUUAGCUUUGUUAAAAUGAUGAAGGGUUAUAAUCUAGUCACAGAUUAAGAUAUAGAUUAUUAACCCCAGACAACAUUUUAGCUGCUUUAAAAAUAACGGCUAUAGGAUUAGACAUCAAGAGUAUGGCUAUUUAUUACAGGUACUAUUACUAUUACUAUUACAUUUACACAGUUUACAUACCCACUUUACCUUUGACUGCUGUAGGCCACUUUCUUUAGGUGUGUGUGCAGUUGUCUGGUGCAGUGAGGGAAUACUAGUUGUGUUUUAGGGGUGCUCACUUUCAGUUUGACCUCUAGAUAAAGUGUUGGUUUGUUUCCAACCUGCCUGUUCGUUUGACUGCUCAUGUGUCCUGAGCCGUCAGACAUUGUUGUAGUGACGUCACCGUGCUCACGUUUAAACUUGUGGGCAAUUUAUUCACCAAUUAAUGUCUUUGGACUGUGGCAGGAAACCGGAAACCCACACAGGAAACACAAGCACAGGGAGAACAUGCACACUUCAAACCCAUUGCGGUUCUAACCAAAAGAUAACUACAAAACUUUGACCAAAUGUAAGCCGGAAUCAUCCCUUAAAUGUUAUGAACACAUGGAUUUGUGCUGUCGUAUCUAAAACAACUUACUUUAAGUCAAUGAACAGAUGUGUCCUUCUAUACUGGCUGGUAUUGAACAAUUAGAGACUUUCCGCAUAGAAAACUCAAAAUGAUGACAUUUCAUAAGCCUUGUCAUCUCAUGCCCAGCACAGCCACAGAUUCAGUCCACACUAGCUUUGAAAGGUCUGGGUUCAGAGAAAGGAGAAGCUGUGUUUUGGUAAGUGAUGAUGAAGCUAUGUUUGGAGAAACACUGUUGAUGAUUAGAGUGAUGAAAUAUUAUAGAAGGUAUUAAUAAAGAGCAGUUAUGACAUUCAGAAAACGCUCAUAGAGACAAAAAUAUUACAAUAUGUAUUCAACCAUCAACAGUCACCUCUCUGUUGCUCUGCAGUGCGUCGUCUUCCUGCCAACAUAAAACUUGUAUUUCACCCAUAAAUUUGCAAAAGCUGUCUGUCAGUCAUUAUCUUUUUGUUUCUUUAAUAAAAACAAAUUGCACUGAUGCUGUUUAAUUUUACUUUUUUAAAGUGCUUAGUUUUCUUAGUUAGACAGCACUCCCCCGUUAUCAAGUGAGGAGUGUUGAUGUAGGUGACCUGACCCCAGCCCCUUCGGGCGUUACGUGCCAGUGGACUUGCUGAGUAGCAGAAAAUGAGAGCUAGGCACCAAAUUUGUCACAAUAGAGCUGUUAUUUUUUAUGUGUAUUUGUUUUGAUGAUGAUGAUGAUAUUGUGACCCACUAUGCUGUAUUGUAACACAGUGUUGUUGUGGUGCUCUAACGGUAAAUAAAUUAUUUAAGUUUCAAGG